AUGGCCAUUCCUCAAAAGCGUCCCAGGUCGACAGCCGAUGACGCAAAUAGCGUCAAGAAGCAGAAAGAUCAAGUGAAGGUUUCGGAUCCGCCAGUGACGGCUAAGAAAAUGACCCACCAUACAGCACCCGCGACAAAACGUGCCGCAGCGCCUUCUGCGGCGCCCACCACUAGCGCAAAUUCCCGUUCCUUCAAAAGUGAUUCGGCGGCAUCCAUGCCGCCUUCGAAUUCGACUUUAGGGAAGGGAAAGAUGCCGCCAUCGUCGUCUCUCCUUGCGUCGGUGCGCACCACACCGUCGAAGAAGACGCCACCAUCGGCUUCUCGAGAAACCACUGAUCUUUCGCCCGAAAGAAGACCCAGUGCUGAGAAUGGCAAAUUGCUCCAGAAAAAGCCGGUGGUGAUGACUGCGACAGUGAAAACGCCCUGGUACUAUGCCUUGCUUUUUGGUAUUGCUGCCCUUUUGGCCGUCACGAACGUCGCAACGUUGGGGUUGUGGAUGCAAUCCAACGCAGAAUACGAACUGAAAAUAGGCAAUCUGGAACACCAAAUCGAUGUCGCGACGGAAAAUGAAUUCUACAAGGUCAAGGAUACCCGCCACGCAGCCAUUUUGGAAUGUGACAAUAAGGUAAAUGAGCUGGAGCAGAUCCACGCACAAGUUCUGGUCGAAAUGAAAGAAGGACACUUUGAAAAGUUGCGCAUCAUGGAAGAACGUCUAUUUGACACAGAGUCCAUCCUUGAAGAAGAGAUUGUUGAAGACCAAGUAGAUAUCAGCCCAGCAGAAGAGCAAGAGUGCAAAGAUUUUCGACCCAAAUGCAAAAAGUGGGCUGCCUUGGGCAAGUGUGAAAUCGGCAGUCCCUAUUUGAAACAAACCUGUCGCAAGAGCUGCAAUUUAUGCUAA